CGCGCCCUCCGCGGGCGCGGGGCCGUGCGGGCGGUGAUGGCCUGAGCGGGCGGCGGGUCCGCGCCCCCUGCGCACCUGCCGAGCGCGCUCCGCGGGCGCGGAGGGACGCGCAGCGCCAUGUCGCGGGUCGUGCAGAAGAAGAACCACUGGUCCAGCCGGGUGCGGCAGUGCGCGCUGACCCGCGGGCCCGGCGGGCAGCUGGGCUUCGCCCUGCUCGGCGGCGCGGAGCACGGCGAGUUCCCGUACGCGGGCGCGGCGGCGGGGGACGGCGAGGCGGCGCUGAGCGAGGGCGAGCUGCUGCUGGAGGUGCAGGGGGUCCGCGUGUCGGGGCUGCCGCGCUACGACGUGCUGGAAGUGAUCCGGAGCUGCAAGGACCCCAUCGUGGUGAAAGCCGUCCGACAAGGAAGCAGACUGAACAAGGAUCUGCGGCAUUACCUCAACCAGAGGUUUCAGAAGGGGUCACCAGACCAUGACCUGCAGCAGACCAUCCGGGACAACCUUUACCGCCACGCUGUGCCUUGCACAACCCGCCCUCCAAGAGAAGGAGAAGUGCCUGGUGUGGACUAUAACUUUCUGACUGUGGAGGAAUUCCUGGAGUUGGAGAGAAGUGGGACCCUUCUGGAAGUAGGAACUUAUGAAGGUAACUAUUAUGGAACGCCGAAGCCUCCAAGCCAGCCCCUCAGUGGGAAAGUGACUUCCACCAAUGCUUUGCAAAACCUGCAGUCUGGCUCCAAGCAGUCGACUCCAAAGCGAACCAAGUCUUACAAUGAUAUGCAAAAUGCUGGCAUAGUGCAUACAGAGAAUGAGGAAGAGGAUGAUGUACCUGAAAUGAGCAGUAGCUUCACAGCAGAGUCUGGUGACCAGGACGAGCACAGCGCGCAUAUCGGGAGAGAGGCAGCCCCACCGUCCACGAUUGAGAGGCACACCCACGUCCCCACCACGGAACCAUCUCAGAACCUCCCUCAAUACCUACCUCCUUCUGCCGAGGAUAACCUAGGUCCUCUGCCAGAAAACUGGGAGAUGGCCUACACGGAGAAUGGAGAAGUCUAUUUUAUAGACCAUAACACAAAGACAACAUCUUGGCUAGAUCCACGGUGCCUGAACAAACAGCAGAAGCCUCUAGAAGAAUGUGAAGAUGAUGAAGAAGGGGUGCACACGGAGGAACUGGACAGUGAACUAGAGUUGCCUGCUGGUUGGGAGAAAAUUGAAGAUCCUGUAUAUGGUGUCUACUAUGUAGACCACAUCAACCGGAAGACGCAGUAUGAAAACCCAGUCCUUGAAGCCAAGAGGAAGAAGCAGCUGGAACAGCAGCAACAGCCUCCAGAAGAAUGGACAGAGGAGUGUCCAUCUCUCCCUCCACCUGCUGCUCCAAACCAUGUUUCAAACAACCAAGAGGCAGUUCGGGAAGCACCAGUACAAGGAAAACCUUUUUUUACACGAAACCCUUCUGAGUUGAAAGGGAAGUUCAUCCACACCAAGCUAAGGAAAAGCAGCAGGGGCUUUGGCUUCACUGUCGUUGGAGGAGAUGAGCCAGAUGAAUUCCUCCAAAUCAAAAGUUUGGUGCUUGAUGGUCCUGCAGCGUUGGAUGGCAAAAUGGAAACAGGGGACGUCAUAGUCAGCGUGAACGACACCUGUGUGCUGGGGCACACUCACGCCCAGGUGGUGAAAAUCUUCCAGUCCAUCCCCAUCGGUGCCAGCGUGGACCUCGAGCUGUGCCGGGGCUACCCCCUGCCCUUCGACCCCGACGACCCCAACACGAGCCUGGUCACGUCCGUGGCAAUUUUGGACAAAGAGCCGAUCAUUGUGAACGGGCAGGAGAACUACGACUCCCCGGCGAGCCACAGCAGUAAAACAGGGAAAGUAAAUGGCACAAAGGAGGCCAGGCCCAGCAGCCCGGCUGAGGUCUCCUCCAAUGGACCCCACGGCUACCCCAACGACACGGUGUCUUUGGCAUCCUCCAUAGCAACACAGCCUGAGCUCAUAACUGUGCACAUAGUGAAAGGGCCCAUGGGCUUUGGGUUCACUAUAGCAGACAGUCCCGGUGGGGGAGGCCAAAGAGUGAAACAGAUUGUGGACAGCCCACGGUGCCGUGGCCUGAAGGAGGGAGACCUCAUAGUGGAGGUCAACAAGAAGAAUGUGCAGAGCCUCACUCACAACCAGGUGGUGGAUAUGCUGAUUGAAUGUCCUAAGGGAAGCGAAGUCACGUUGCUGGUGCAGCGAGGAGGACUGCCAGUCCCAAAGAAGAGCCCAAAGUCGCAACCACUUGAAAGGAAAGACAGCCAAAACAGUUCCCAGCAGAGCGUCUCCAGCCACCGCAGCGGGCACACCGCGUCCCCCGCGCACAGCACUCAGGUGCUGCCCGACUACGCCGCCCCGGAGGCGCCGGCCGCCGACCAGCCGGACACUUCUGGGCAGAAAAAGCCAGAUCCAUUCAAAAUCUGGGCCCAGUCCAGGAGCAUGUAUGAAAGCCGACCUAUGUCACCUUCACCUGCAACUGGACUGAGCAAGGGUGAGAGAGAGAGAGAAAUCAAUUCCACGAGUUUUGGAGAAUUUCCAGAUUAUCAAGAGCAGGAUAUCUUUCUAUGGAGAAAGGAAACCGGGUUUGGAUUUAGGAUUCUAGGUGGAAAUGAGCCUGGAGAACCUAUUUACAUCGGUCACAUUGUACCGCUGGGUGCUGCCGACGCCGACGGCCGCCUGCGAUCGGGCGAUGAGCUGAUCUGCGUGGAUGGGACGCCCGUGGUGGGGAAAUCACACCAGCUUGUGGUCCAGCUCAUGCAACAGGCAGCCAAACAAGGUCAUGUCAAUCUGACCGUCAGGCGCAAAGUGGUUUACACAGUUCCCAAGGCAGAGAACGAAGUCCCAUCCCCGGCCUCCUCCCACCACAGCAGCAACCAGCCGGCCUCGCUGACGGAGGAGAAGCGAACGCCGCAGGGCAGCCAGAACUCCCUCAACACGGUCAGCUCGGGCAGCGGCAGCACCAGCGGCAUCGGCAGCGGCGGCGGCGGCGGCAGCGGCGUGGUCAGCGCCGUGGUGCAGCCCUACGACGUGGAGAUCCGCCGCGGCGAGAACGAGGGCUUCGGCUUCGUCAUCGUCUCGUCGGUGAGCAGGCCUGAGGCGGGCACGACGUUCGCGGGAAAUGCAUGUGUGGCCAUGCCUCACAAAAUAGGUCGGAUAAUUGAAGGGAGCCCCGCCGACCGCUGCGGAAAGCUGAAAGUCGGCGACCGGAUCUUGGCCGUCAAUGGGUGCUCCAUCACCAACAAGUCGCACUCAGACAUCGUCAACCUCAUUAAGGAAGCGGGAAACACCGUCACCCUGCGCAUCAUUCCAGGAGAUGAAUCCUCCAAUGCUACUUUAUUGACCAAUGCAGAAAAAAUUGCUACAAUCACAACCACACAUACUCCUCAGCAAAUACCACAGGAGACCAGCAGGAACAACACCAAACCAAAGCAGGAAUCCCAGUUUGAUUUCAAACCACCCCAAGCAGCACAGCAGGACCAAGACUUUUACACUGUUGAGCUAGAAAGAGGAGCCAAAGGGUUUGGCUUCAGCCUGCGAGGUGGCCGGGAGUACAACAUGGACCUGUACGUGCUGCGGCUCGCUGAGGAUGGGCCCGCUGAGAGAUGUGGGAAAAUGAGGAUUGGUGAUGAAAUCUUAGAGAUCAAUGGAGAAACUACCAAGAACAUGAAGCACGCUCGGGCCAUCGAACUGAUUAAAAAUGGUGGCCGCAAGGUCCGCCUGUUUCUGAAACGUGGAGAUGGCUCUGUCCCAGAAUAUGACCCCAGCAGUGACAGGAACAGUCCCGCCACAGGUUCACAAAAUGUAUCGGAAAUGAAACCCGCGCCAUCCGACCGACGGCAGCACCCAUCAUCGGAGUCCAGUUAUCCACCAGACCUUCACAAAUCAUCACAACAUGGGGACAAGCGGACUUACGUUAGAGACCUAAAAGGCAGCAGAGAGUUUAGCAGACAUCCCAAUGAGCACCACACUUGGAAUGGGACUUCUAAAACCAACGACCACGUGCCAGGCAGGAAGACGGAGAGGUCGCCGGAGAGGAGGCACGAAAGGCAGCCAGAGAGGGCGGUGGUGAACGGGCAGAAGAGGAGGUCUCCUGAAAAGCGCAGGGAAGGGACAAGGAGUGCUGACAACACUUUGGAGAGGCGGGAGCGACUUGAGAGGAGGAGAGACCUCUCUCCUGAAAGGCGCAGAGAGCGGUCGCCCGGCCGCCGGCGGCGGUCGCUGGAGAGACUCACGGAGCCCAGGAGGUCUCCUGAGAGGAGAAGAGAGAACUCCCUCGACCGACGGGCCAAGUCGUCCGACCGGCGGAGGGAAAGGUCACCCGAGAGACGGCUCAGGGAGGAACGAGUUGGCCACCGGGAGAGGGAAGAACCCGGCUGGAAGCACGAGCCGAGCCGCAGGCACCCGCCCGAGCAGCGCAGGCGGCCCUACAAGGAGUGCAGCACCGACCUCAGCAUCUGAGGGGCUCCCCGGGGUCCCUGUCGCCUUCCCCACACCAAGGGAGCAGAGGAGAGAGUGAAACCAACCUGGCUUUCGCAGGCGACGAGACGUCCGCCACCUGCUGAUCCUACAAACCGUUUAUGCAGAUGAAAUCUUAAAACAAACAAAAAAAAAAGCAUUGUGCCUGAUGUAUAAUAUUAAAGAAAGUAUUUUUCAGUGUAUUCUUUUUUUUUAAUUACUUGCCAAAUGUUGGUCCUAAAGGAUUAUAAAAUUUUGUUUCUACAUUCUUUGUAGAUUUCUUAAAAAUAAUCCCUUUAUUGGGCUACUUUCCCCCCUCCCCAGUAUAGUAAAUGGGGGUAGCCAGUAAUAUAAUAUAGGCAAAGGAUUUUAUGACCAAGUUUGAAUAAUUUGAUCCAGACUGUUCUCUAGUGACUCACUGCUACACUGUAUGUAGAAAAUUUUUUAAGGGUUGGGGGUGGGGAAGGAAGAAAAUUGUUCAUCUCAGUAGGAAUGGAGCGCUCCUGCUGAAGGAAUUAAAAAGGAAAGAGACAAAUGUUCCUAAAAUUGCAAGAACUGUUUGAAGAGACUACUGUUUCAAUGAAGGAUAUUUAUAAUAAUAAUAAAUAAUUAAAAAAAAAAAAAAA